UGAGGCGUCGAAGAACCGUUAAACUAAAAACUUUUGAACUGCAUUAAAUUUUUUUUGUUUUUUUGUUUAAUUGUUUGUAUAUUUUGUUAAUAACAAACAAAAAAUAAAUCAUAAAGAGUAAACAACUGAGUACUAAACAAGCAAAGUAUAAGGAUAUUGAAAGAAAUUCGUUUCUUAGAAAAAGCAAUAAAAAUGCCGUAUUCAGAUGUUGAGUCAACUCGGAGAAGAGUAAAGUCUUUUGUAGAUGAAGAUUCUGACUUAGAUGUCAAUAUUUUGUUAAAAUGUCUAAUGGAUGAUACGGAUGAAAUAUUUUGUAUUCGAAUUAACAAUAUCAAAAUAGAUACACUUGUUUUGUAUGCCAUUUUUGAAGCAUUGAAAACUACGAAAAAAAUUUGUCAUUUAUCUCUUGCAGGACUUAACAUUAAUGAUGAAAGAGGGCUGGUUCUUAAUGAAGCUUUAAAAGAAAACACAACUUUGCAGACUUUAAACCUCGAAUCAAACGAUUUAACAAAUCUGGUUAUCGAGCCUUUAUGUGCAAUUUUGGAAACUCACAAAACUCUUCGAGAAUUUAAAUGUUCACACCAAAAAAAUGGUUUGGGAAGCAGAGGUGAAGAAGCAAUGGCUAGAGCUUUAAACAAAAAUAACCAACUUUUAAAAAUAUCAUAUCCAUUUAAAGUACCAUCAGCUAGAAGCUUAGCCGACCGAUGCCACAUUCGUAAUCAAGAAUUAUUGCGUCAAAAACGCGCCAAAGGUGAAGACUUCUACAAUUAUAAUGAAGAAAUUAAGAAAAGGGACGAACACCCUCAACCAUGGAUAAAAGAAAUAAAUGAAAACAAAAAUGAAGUUAUGAGAUUUAAAAUUAACGAACAACGUCGAAGUAUGAGAAAAGUACCAGAUAUCACCAAGAUGCGUAUCGAGGCAAAACAAAGAGCGGUUGAAAACGCAAAACCAAUAAUUGAUAACGAGUUAUCAGUAAAACUAGCUAUCGCAAAAAGAAACAGCGGUGUAUAUCGCUUAUAGGCAGUUUAAAAUCGGUAUUAAAAAAAUUCUGGAAUAGUCAAAUGAUAUUAAUUAACUAAUUUGAAAUAAUUGCCCUGCAAAUAGUUUAAUCGACGCUGGUUGAACAGAUUAUUUAAUUUAUACGUUUUUAAGAGAAAAACCAUUUUUUAUUGUAAAUAAAUUUAUCUUUUGAAAUAUUUUUAAUUGCAACGUAGUUUGCACAAAAAAACAUUGUUUCAUUAAAUCACUUUAUUCUUUUAUAAAUUGUAAUAAUGCAAAAACUUCCAAAAAUGCUGUAAACGACAGUAAUUUAAUUAAAAAAGCGUUGCUUUGUAAUAUAAUAUAAUAUACUUGUUCAGCAAAAAUAAUGAAAACUUUUGUAUAUGUUGUAACAUUUUCGAAAUGUUUACAUUAUUUUUACAUUGCAUUUAAAUUUUUACAUUAUACUUAAAAAAUAUACAUUUAGUAAUAAAGUUGUAUAACUAUUUUGAAAAACUGAAUUCUUUACUUAAGGUUUUAUAAGUACUAAGCGCCAAAAAGAAAAAAAAGCAGUGACUAUUUUUUUGUUAUAAGAACUAAAAUUUUAAUUAGAAAUUAAUACCAAAAACAAACAAUAUUAAAAUUAUUUAAAUAAUAUUCUAAGUUUAAUCAUGAAACAUAAAUAAGAUAAACGACAUAUUUUUGUAAGUUUAUAUAAAGCUUAUUUUUAUCUGGAAAUUAUCUUGUAUAUUAAAAAAAAACUCAGUCUAUGGUUUGAUUGAUGAAAUACAUUUUAUGAGAGUUAUGUUAUUCUACAAUUGUAUACGGUUGUUAUUUUAUAAUUGUAUACGGUUGUUAUUCUUUUAUUGUAUACGGUUGUUAAUUUAUAAUGGUAUAUGGUUGUUAUUCUAUAAUUACGAACUAUACCUCGUUAA